AGCUGACGUCAGUGAGCCAUCUUUGUUUGGCCGGCAUACAGUGUGAGAGCGAACAAGUGAGCUCGCUCGCUCCCGUUCUUGUGCACGCGCGCGUGUAUGUGUGUGUGAGCGCGAGCUAUCCAGCAAGCAAGCAGGGACAGGGAGGCAGCAGACGGAUAAGAGCAGCCAAGGCGCGGAGCUUCGCACAGACCACUGAGCUGACCGGAAUUCGAGACACCGAACGACCGGGCAAUUGACACACAGCAAGGCGCCGACAUGUCUGCCCCAGCCGCCGCCCCAGCAGCAGGAGAAGGGGGAGCCCCAGCAGCACCCACUCCGCCUCCUAAUCUGACAAGCAACCGCCGGCUGCAGCAGACACAAGCCCAAGUAGAUGAAGUGGUGGACAUUAUGCGCGUCAAUGUUGAUAAAGUCCUCGAAAGGGAUCAGAAGCUGUCAGAACUGGAUGAUCGUGCAGAUGCGCUCCAGGCUGGAGCAUCCCAGUUUGAAACCAGUGCCGCCAAGCUUAAACGCAAAUACUGGUGGAAGAAUCUCAAGAUGAUGAUCAUCCUUGGAGUGAUUUGUGCGAUCAUUCUCAUAAUUAUCAUUGUGUACUUCAGCACCUAAAUGUGGCACUGCAGCUUGGUUGAGACAACGGCAGGGAGGGCUUACGGGACCAGUAUCACACUGACACCCUUCUCAGCCAUAUCUUCCAGUCCCCUCCCAAUUUCCCUGUACGCAUGUGUGUGUGUGCCUGCGUGUGUGUAUGCGUGUUUCCUGUAAAUAGUCAGGUUUUGUUAUUAAUAUAUAUAUAUAUAUAUAUAUUUUGUUCUUUGUAGAGUUUUAUUAGAAUGUUUAUAAGUGUGUAUUAAUUUUCAACUACAGAUCUACUGCCUAUAUCCCUAGCUGGGUUCAUAUUAAUCUCUAAUUAUGCUGUCCUAAUCACUGUGUAUAUCUGUCUUAAUGGUAUAUUUCACCCUUUCUGUUGCAAAGCAAGAUUUGUGAGUAAGCAAAGGUUUGACCUCAACUCCAGCAAAGCUACACUUUGAGGAUUUCAAAUGGAUACAUUUAAAAACAAAAACGCUCAAAAAUGUCUCAAUUUCUAUAUUGUCUGCCAGCUAAACUGCCUCUUAUGGCUGUCACUGUCUUUUGCUGAUCUAGAAGGCCUCAAGAUGGUUUAUUGAGAUAAUGCACCAAGUUAAAAUAUUUUUUAUAUUUGCUCACAUUUCUUGAUUUGCCCCUUUCCUGUCUCUUAUCUCUCUCCUUGUCUCUCUUUCUCUUUCUCUCACACACCUAGAUGUCUUGGGUUAUUGUAAUCCUGUUGUAGCAAAGGACCAAUGUUUUAACUUUUUUUGCUGAUAGAAUUCUGUAACAUUCCUUAAGAGUGAUGUUGUAUUUUUUUCUCUCAGAAUGAUAUAUAAGAUAAUGUUCUCCUAAAAUUGAAAUCAAGUAACACUAAAUACAGUGGAGAUGUUUUUCUUUGAAGAAUAUAUAUCUCAAAUUAAGUAUAAAAAUAUAGAAAUAUGUUCUAUGUAAUUUUUUCUUGAAAUGACUUUUUUUUUAAUUCAUUGUGCUGUUAGUGAAGUACAGUAUAUUUCUAAGACAGCAGAGGCAACACAUCAAAGUGAGUAAAAGGGAGAAUAAAAUCCUACAGUAACAUUCCAGUCUACAGCUUUAUAGAAAAACAAUGUGUAAUCACUUUAAAUUGAGAAAAAAUAUAAAAUAAAAAAAUAGGAUUUAUGGAAGUUUUCCAAAUUUAAUGUUUGCAAAUCACUGCCUGUCCCUGAGGUCUGCCCCCACAGAAUUUUUGGAAGUUCUGAAUUUCCAAACAGUUACUCUCUCGCUGCCUUUUCCUUUUGACAGGCCCCAACCAUUCCAUCUGCAAGGAUAUGUUUGUAGAUCAAGAGGGCACCUUGUGUUGCUCUUUGUCUUACCAAGAAAACCUCUGGGAGAGGGGAAAAAAAAAAUUGUCACUGCCGUACUGAGCACAGCUUUUGAAUCUUUGUGUAUCUCACAGGUCCAAAUUGUUGAGCUCAACCACCUCCCCCAAGUAUACAGACUAUAACCAUAUCUCUGCAAGCCCAUGUUGGUGCCCAAGUGCCCUGAAAGUGGCUGCAGGUGAGAGAGGGAAAAACAUUUUAGACCCAUUUUUUAACAUGAGUGGAAAAAAUGGAGUUGGGGUUUAACUGCAGGGUUUUAUAAGGACCAAAGUUAACAACUGUUUUGUCUUCUGUACAGUUCAGUUGCAUUUAUUAUUAUUAUUAUUAUUAAACCCGCAGAAUGUAUGUGAUGUGAACCAUAUUCCAAAUUCUGAAAAACAAUUACACAAACUAAAUCUACAGUUUUAUAAACGUUAUAUUACAGCCUUUAUCACAGAUGGUAAUGUAUAUGUUGGAUGUGUUUAGUGGCGCACGUGUUUUCGUGUUGUGUGUGCAUGUAUGUGUGUGUUUAUAUAAUAAUGUAUCUGAAAUGACAUUUGUCCUUUUUGCCUCUAUUAUAACUUGUGUCCUAUCCAAAUCUUGUGCACUUUGUUUUUCUGAAAAGCUGUGGACCACUGCAUGGUUAAGUUAACUUAAUAAAACAUGACUGGGGCCAACCAAAACAACACAGAGAUGAAGCAGGCAACAGUUGAGCCUAUAGAAAUCAUGAAAGGAAGCCAAAUUUAAUGAUGAAGAAAGCUACUAAAUACAUUGAUAGCACAAUUCUUUGAGGUUAUAAAUAUAACAGUGGUGCAGAAACAACUGUAUCAAUCUGUAGAAUUUAAAGUCAAGUUUUAAAUUGAGAAAAAAUGGGAUGGGGACAUAUUUUAGAAGCACUCUUUUUGUUCUUAUUUUUAGGGAAGGUGGAAUCUGAGAGUCAGCUUGCCAAGCGUAAUGACCUAUGUUUCUUCAGGGACAUCUGAUGAAUUUGGACUUUUUUUGGUCAUACCCCCUCUGCUUCCUGACCCUAGUUAUUGGAGGGAAAACUGGGCCAUGGAAGUGCAGUUGGGAGAAACUGUAAAAUUAUAGAUUUAAACUAGAAAAGUUCAAAUUGAUCAGUUUAUAUUAACUGGAUGUGACAAGUCCAUGGUGGUCUACUAAUGAAAAGGAUUUAGAAUCAUGUCUGAUAAAAUGGACACAAAAAGCAUUUUUUGUGUGUAUCUGUGUGCGUAUGCGUGGGGGUGGGGGCAUUUGGUUAUCCAUAAUUCUCAUCUUAAUUGGAGGGAUCUAGUUGAGGAUUCUGGAUUACAAAUUGUUUUUUUUUGUGUUUUUUUUUUUUUCUUUUUUCCUACUUGGGUUCUGAUGUCAAAAAAAAAACAAAGAGUUAAUAAUGUAAAGAUACGAUUCUGGUAUUGACGAUUGUCCCAGUAGUCCCAAAUUAGAAACCGUAUUUGUAAAAACUAUGUGUGUGCGUGUGUGUGUGUGCGUGUGUGUGUGUGUGUGUGUGUAUUUAACUAAAAGUGAGCAGGCAAAACAAUUCAGAACAUUAACAGAAUAUUAAAACUAACUGCCACUGGCUAGUUUUGCAGAAGAGAAAUGUGAAUGUUAUCCUUUGGCCAAGGGCAGAUUUGCUAGAACUGAAACAAGGUGUACAGGAAUAAAAAAUGUAACUUGAAUUGUUAAGAGCCAGUGUGUUAGUGGCAAUGAAGGCAAAUGUCUGAAGUACAGUCUGUUUCAUGAAACGGAGCACCCUAUUCAAUUGAGAAUUAAAUGUAUUGCUCGUUUAUAGAUUGUACAAUGCUCUUGGAAUAAGAGCACACAUAGACAUGUGGUUUACUCACUGAUUCACCACAGUUUGUUUUUGCAAUGGGGGAAAAGUAGUAUAGUGUAGCAUUUGCCAGGGAAAUCAUUGGCACAUAUCUAUUCUGCAAAGCUCCUGUCAAAGCUGCAUUGUCAUACUUGCAUUGUAUUGUGGGUAAUUUAUUAAGCGUCUGCUGCCAACGCUGCUGGUGCAUAUGGCAAAACUUUUUGACAGUUUGUACAAGUCAUUUGUUCUGAUGGAUUAAACAAACAUAUUGGAAAAAGAAAUUGCAAUCCAUUAAGGUGGAAUAAAGAUUGCAAGAUGAGUCCCAAA